CAAACGAGUUAAAACUUUGUCCAACGGUGAACGGAUUAUUGUUUUAUCUUUGGAUAAAACGUGGGACAAAACACACAGAGGAGGAAAUGUCGGCAACAAGGAAGCAGCUGCAGGAAGCGCUGUGUCGCUUCGCCGCCGACACCUUCGCCUCCAUCGACACGGUGACAGAAUUCGUUCAGAUCAGCUGUGAAUGGCUGCUGGUGAGACAGACGGAGUUAAACAUGCUGAAGGACGUCAAACACAGGGCUGAUAAUAUCGUCCUGAACGUCCGUCACGUCACUGCGUCGCAGAGUAAGGGUGCAGCGUUUAAGGAGUACGUGAAGAGCAAGUUCUACGUAGCCAGCAGGCGGACGGCGCUGGAGGAGGAGCUGGCCGCCAUAUUGAAGGAGACUCUGCGAGGUCUGGAGGAGCUGGACCGCUUCCUGGACGCCGUGGAGAGGCUGUCGGUCACUUCCACGCAUGUGUUCAAGGACCUGCCAGGAGGGGGCGGCAUGGAGUCGGUUCAGGACGCCAUCGAGGCUGCUCGACUCGUCUGCCCGCUAAUCCUCGAGUUCAAAAGAGAAGCGUCGGCCUUCUUCACGCCCAGACUUCAGAAUGUGGAGGUGCUGGUGUUUCAGCUGGACAGAUACAUGCAGACCACCCAGACCAUGUGUGGAACCUUAGGAAAAAGCUCCUUCAGUAGGUUUUGUGUGGAUCAAACUGUGGCUGACAUGGUCGAAGAUCUGUCUGAAGAUGACGUCCAACACAUGGUUGAUCGCAUUAAUAGACUUGAAGAGCUCAGGAAUGACCGGGACUUCAGGAUGGUGUUCUUGUUCCAAGGGUCGUGUUCUAACUUCAUCACCGAGUUCAGCGAGCGUCGGCCGAGGAUGCUGCAGUUCCUGAACGACCUGGAAGAAAGCGCCGUUCAGCUCGACAGGAUGAAAAAGGGCUCGAAGAUCUCCAGUGUGGCCGGCAGCUCAGUGGGGGCGGUGGGAGGUGUGCUCUCUAUCGUCGGUUUGGCGUUAACACCAGUAACAGCCGGGGCAUCCCUGGUUCUGAUGAUGACCGGUAUCGGACUGGGAAUCACUAGCGGGGUGAACAGCGCCGUCACUACAGCUGCAGAGGUUGGAGUCAACUGCAAACACGAGAAGAAAGCUAAUGAGGUGUUCCGGAACUUCAUGGAGGAUGUCCAGGUUCUCCAGGACACUCUUGAGGAAGUUGCAAAACAAAGAGAAACAAGUAGUUUGGAUGUAGCUCUGGGUGUCGGGAAGGUCCUUUAUAAAGCUGGUGGUGUCGGACGAAGGAUUGGGAUACUCGUUGAGGGUAGCUCAGCUGUAAAAAUGCUAAAAAGUGAAGAGCUGGUUGCAAAUGCGGGUAAGAUGGCGACUCAGGAGGGUAAAGCUCUGGGCAGCGUUCCCAGAGUGGCCGCAGAUGUCCCAGAUAUCAGCCAAGCGGCAGCCAAAGGUCCGCUUGCCCUCUCCAAGGCGGCACGGGGCGGGGCCAUCGUACUCAGUGCCCUUUUCCUGGGCAUGGACGUUAUCUUCAUCUGCAAAGACGGCGUGAGUCUGGCCAAAGGUGGCAUCGAGGCCGAGGUGUCCCAGUUCAUCAGAGCCAGAGCUGGUCUUUGGCGUUCAGAGGUCGACUCGUGGCAGAAGAUCCACGAUUCACUGCAGAGGGGUCAACAGACGUCUGAGGAAAAACACCACGUCCUGGAGACGCCGUUUUAUCCAGACGUUAAGACCAAAAAACCCAGAAAAACUGAGGACGAUGAAACACCGGAGGACGGGCAGGGCUGUUUGGUGAAUUAACAUCACAACAUCAAAGUGUGGACUCCAAGGAUGAGGUUUGAUGAUGUUUAGAAGGAGGUUAAAGGUCACUGAAGUGUCAUUAAUACUGUUCUGUCCUGCUCUAAUUAAUAAUCUAUAGUACAGUGUAUUAUGGGUUUAUCUGAGGUGUACGAGUGUGAGCUACUGCCACUACUUUUAUUGAAAUAAACGGAAAUAACAUCUCAUAACGAGGAUGAAUCUUUACUUACGAAUUCUAGAGGCAUGUUUUGGUUGUUUGUUUUUUUUUUGG